AUGAUGUCCUCCAAGGUAAUCCGCCGAAAGAAGAAUGUCAAGAAGGGCAUUCAGUUCUGCCUGAUGGUGUGUGGUGCCUCUGGCACUGGCCGAACUACCUUUGUCAACACGCUCUGUGGCAAGUCUGUUCUCGAGCAUAAGGAAGCCGACGAUGCUUCCAACGCGCACAUUGAGGAGGGCGUCAAGAUCAAGCCCCUUACGGUUGAGCUUGAACUUGACGAGGAAGGCACCCGAAUCUCGCUGACCAUUGUCGAUACCCCUGGAUUUGGCGACCAGAUCGACAACGAGGCCAGCUUUUCAGAAAUCGUUGGCUACCUCGAGCGACAAUACGAUGAUAUUUUGGCCGAAGAGUCUCGUAUCAAGCGUAACCCUCGCUUCAGGGACAACCGUGUCCACGCCAUGCUUUAUUUUAUCACCCCUACCGGCCACGGGCUCCGAGAGCUCGAUAUCGAAUUGAUGAAGCGUCUUGCGCCCCGUGUCAACGUUAUUCCCGUCAUUGGCCGAGCCGAUACUCUGACCCCUCAGGAGCUUGCAGAGUCAAAGAAGCUGGUCAUGGAGGACAUUGAGCACUACAGGAUUCCCGUUUACAACUUCCCCUACGAUAUCGAGGAGGACGAUGAAGAUACUGUUGAGGAGAAUGCCGAGUUGAGAGGUCUCAUGCCUUUUGCCAUUGUUGGCUCAGAAGAUGUGGUCGAGAUUGGGGGCCGCAAGGUCCGUGCCCGCCAGUACCCAUGGGGUGUCGUUGAAGUCGAGAACCCUCGUCACUCAGACUUCUUGGCUAUUCGAUCAGCCCUUCUGCACAGCCACCUGGCUGAUUUGAAAGAAAUCACCCACGAUUUCUUGUAUGAGAACUACCGUACCGAGAAACUAUCUAAGAGUGUGGAUGGCGGUGCCUCUGGACUUGAUAGCUCCAUGAACCCUGAGGACUUGGCUUCCCAGUCUGUCCGCCUCAAGGAAGAGCAGCUCCGACGAGAGGAGGAGAAGCUGCGCGAGAUCGAGCUCAAGGUCCAGCGCGAGAUCAACGAGAAGCGACAAGAGCUGCUGGCGCGCGAAUCGCAGCUUCGCGAGAUAGAGGCCCGCAUGCAGCGCGAGACUGCCGCCGCCCAGGCGUCCCCCGCGCUGGAUACCAGUGUCACCGAGGAGUAG